GUGAGUGCAUGAAGUUCACAAACUGAAGUAGAAACACAUCAACAGGGCCAUCUCAAAUAGUGAUGGACAGUGUAGAUAAAAGAAUAAACGCUUAUUUAGUUUUUUAGUUGAGGAAGCUCCCAUUGGUCAGUGGGUGCAGUAUGCAAAUGAGGACAGCUACGUCAUAUCCUGAACUUGAGCGCCAUUUUUUCCUCCAUAGAGAAAGAAAGGGACAAAAGCUAGACCAAAAAUAACUUAUCUCCGGAGGGGGUUCGCAAACAUUUACUUUAAUAUUUGACUACAUUACUUAUAGAGUAGUGUGUCUGCACGGAGUGCGCCGAUCUGAUGAGUAUCUCUGCGCAGCGGUUUCAGCGGGCGCAGUUUACCGACACACACACUUGAGGGCGGGUGGAAGUGGAAAACGUUAACCCUGUCGGAGGUGGCACAGCGACAACUAACGUCGACCAACACUGAAAUUGGACGAGGCUUUGUGAGGAAUAUGUAUCAGGCCCCUGUUGGAAAUGUUGAGACCAUCCGUAAGGCACGUAGGGCUGUGAAAAACAUCCUAUGUGAGAUUGGCUUGGAGGACUGCCAAAAACAUCUGAAGGAACUUAAAGAAAACUCUGAGAAGGAUGAAGAUGAAGAAGAGGUGUUUGAGGACACAGAGUGGUUCAAUUUUACAGAUGGAUACAAUGGCAGACUACACAAAAAAUGGACUUACCGGUCUCGGGCUCUGUGUUGUAGCAUGUGCAAGUACUCCUCACAAAACAUCUAUAACUUCAGGAGCCAUGUUUCACGCUGCCAUGAAUAUGUGCAGGCAUUCUGUGCAUUGGCACUCUGUUCUCAGUGCUCCUACAUCGGCAACCCCAAGGAUCUCAAGAAACACAUGCUGUUCUUUCAUGCCAAAUUCACCCCUCAUGUCCAACCAGCAAGGGAAAGCAUAGUACCCACCCAUCGUGGAAAUGAGAGGUAUCAAUGCAGAAAAUGUGGAUACCCAAGUUCUUCUAUAUUUGCAAUGAAGAAGCACAUCAUUCUCAAGCACCUUGAGGGUUUAACAGAACAGUAUAUUGGCUACAGAUUACACACUCAAGGCGGCACAUCUACAAGGGUCUACUGCUGCAAGAUGUGUAAGGGGAACACCGGAAACCUAGACCAAAUGUUGCACCACAUGCUGGUUUCACCGGCACAUUAUUCGGUCAGCACACAGGUGCAGAAUUUAAUUCAUGAGAACAAGAAUUAUACCAUUAAACCUACAGCCAAUGGAAAUGGCGUGUUUCUGACGUUUCCAAAUAUUGCCCCUAAACUACAGCAGCCUCACUUGUUAAACAGUAAGCCUCUGGUUUUACCAAGCAAUGGCCAGCAUGCUGGAACUGUAUUGACAUUACAAGGACCUCCAAACAGUACAACUCUCAUAUGUUCCCCUGGAUCCAAUCAAGCUUUUCUGCCUCCUCAAGCAUCGGCCCUAGUGCAGCUGGCCAGUGCUGAAGCUAAAGGUUUGCUUCAGCCUGGUGCCACAAUAGCUCUUCGAAGUGCUUUGCCUCAAGGACCCUCCAUGGUCCAGAUUCCCACAGUGUCUAACAUGUCUCUUAAACAGGCACCACUAACCCUGGCACCUCAACCACAACCACAACCGCAAUCAAAUCAACUAGCGCAACAAAUCCUUCUUCCAUCAGGACUGCAGGCCAACAUGGCGUCUGGUCCUGGGACUGUAUCUAAACCAGCUGUGGCUGCACAAAAUGCAUCAGCAAACCAAAUGUCAUUGCAAGGCACCAUGCUGACUUCACAGUCUCUGCUGAGUCACCUAAUCCCAACUGGCAACAAAGUAAAUGGCAUGCCAACGUACACAUUUGCACCUCUGCAGGUUGCGAUGCCUUCCUCUCAGAGCACAAGUACCCCUCUUAAACCUGUCGAACAAGUGAGCAACUCAUCACAAACAAAAAAGUGGAUUACCUGUCCCCUCUGCAAUGAACUUUUUCCCUCUAAUGUAUUUGAGAUGCAUACAGAGGUGGCUCAUCAGACAAAAUCCUCCACAAUCAAGACAGAAAGUGUGGCUGCUCGAGCAAAUUUCCUCAAGAAAAUGCCUGACAAGACUGUUAAAUGUCUAACAUGCAAAAUUCUGCUAUCAGAAAAGAGCGUCUUUCAACACUUGCUGCAUGGCCUGAAUUGUUUGUCUUGCUCAGCGACAUUCUUUUCAAUUAAACAGCUUACUGAACAUGUAAAGGUACACAAUCCUGCAAGCAAGGCCUACAGUGACUUCCUUAGGCAGAAAUACAGGGUGUACACUAAAAGCAUGGGAGGAAUCCUGUUCCCCCACUUCGAUGUCCACACUACUGGACCAAAAGAGGUUCUAGGAGAGCAUGAAGUUAAUCUGGCUCUGGUCACAAACUCACUUGACCUUAUCUACUUCAAGUUGCAGCCCAGCAGCCAGCCUGACAUCUGUUCCGCACCCGCAAAAAUCAACAGCUCAUGCUGUCCCUUCUGUGAUGAGAAGUUCCAUAACGAAGCCAAACACCUUCAGCAUUUGAAACAAAAACACUAUGUUGCCCCCACCAUUCAUGCAAUCUUAAAGACUGAGGCUUUUAAGUGUAUAUACUGCAAUGGAGUGUACACAGGAAAGGUCACCCAGCAGGCAGUAAUGCUCCACAUUCAACGGUGCCGCUGUUCACCAAAACAGCCACAGGUUCCUAAACCCAUAGGAGGGACUGAGGACUUGUCCAGUGGAAGAGGGGCACAACAACCACCCAAGCCACCUCAGCAGCUCACUCAGCCAUCAGGCCUGUACUUUCUCCAAGUGCCACAAGGGCUAACUAUUAAACAAACUUUGGCUCCAGCAAAAGUGAUUCCAGCACCACACUCUGUGACCCGACCCAGCGUUGGCCCUAAAGAAACUGAGGCAGAGAUGCAAUCCAAGAAAAGACUAGAGGCAGCAUGGAGGGAAGUUAUGGAGGCCAACAAACGAGAGAGAGAAGAAAAGGCAGCCAGGCGCAAAAAACAAGUGCAGGAAAAGCUGUUGCCCACACCAGAGCCUGAACCUCAAGUUGACCCCACCGUGAAGCUAGCUGUAGAACCCACCCUGAUUGAGCGCCGCUGCAGUGACGAGCGUAGAGAAUUCAUAUCCAAGUACUUCAAUGUUAACCCAUACGCGACCAAAGCUGAGAGCGAUGAGCUGUGCAAGAGACUGUCACUCACCAAAGGAGAGCUGGCAGCCCUCUUUAGUAAGAAACGUAGUAAGUGCAUGAAGACCCUGAAGAAGAACACUGCCGCUAUUCUCCUUGGCUUCAACAUGACUGAACUGAGCAAAGUGAAGCACAACCUCCUCAUCCCAGAGCAGAAGCCCCCCGAGCCAACGGAUGACACAGAAAAUGCUGACAAUGGCGAACCGGAACCAAUGGAUGAAAGUGAAAAUGUUUGUCCGGAUGAAGAACAGAUGGAGCAGAUGGAAGAAGUCCAGAAGUCCAGUGAAAUGGAGCACGCUGUUACUGCAAAUGAGUAAAAAAA